AUGACAGCCGAACGAUCACACCAGAUGAAAGUCAACAUCAAACAUUCAGGUAAAACACAUCCAGUCGAAGUUGACCCUUCGAAAUCGGUCAGUAUAUUCAAGGAUGCUAUCUAUCAGGUGACUGGUGUACCACAAGAUCGAAUGAAAGUGAUGGUCAAGGGUGUUUUGAAGGAUGAUGCGGAUUUGUCCAAAUUGGGAUUGAAGCCAGUCAUCGGUACAGCAGGCCCAUUACCUUCUGCACCAACUCAACAAAUUACGUUCUUGGAGGAUAUGGAUCAGGAUGCCGUUGCUUUAGCUGAAGGAAACCCUCCGGGUCUAGUCAACUUGGGUCAAACAUGCUACCUCAACUCCACUUUACAAGCUUUGAAGACCAUCCCUCAAUUAAAUGUUGCCUUAGAUAGCUUCUCUUCAUCUUCCUCGUCACCCGAAUCAAAAGUAACCAACUCUCUGAAAAAUCUGUUCAGCGGAUUGAACCAGACUGCCGAUCCCGUGCCUCCCUUCUCUGUCUUGAGCAACCUCAGACUGAUGGCUCCUCAGUUUGCGGAGACCGAUAAUGCUGGCAGAUACUCGCAGCAGGAUGCCGACGAAGCAUGGACUCAACUCCUUUCUGCUCUGAAACUCAGCUUAGGCUCAUCAAGUGGAGCGAAUGGUCCCAUUGACAAGAUGAUGGGUCUUGAACUCACCUCAAAAUUGCAAUGUGCCGAAGCACCUGAAGAACCUGCUACAACAAGCAAGGAGAGACAGUUGAAAUUACAGUGUAAUAUAUCUAUCAACACGAACUUUUUGGUUUCUGGUAUCCUCGAUAGCUUGAAUCAGCAGAUUGAGAAGACCAGUCCUUCGUUAGGUAGAAUGGCUGUUUACAACUCUGAAUCUCGUUUAUCUCGAUUACCUCAAAAUUUAGUGGUACACAUGGUGCGGUUCUACUGGAGAAGGGAUAUUCAGAAGAAAGCUAAGAUCAUGAGGAAGGUCAAAUACCCUUUACAACUUGAUACUAUCGAUCUUGCAACGGAAGAAGUGCGAUCCCAAAUUCAACCUGUCAACUCCGCUGUCAAACAGAUUCUGAAAGAAAGGGAUGAUAGAGCAAAGAUCAUCAAGCGAAAUGCUGGUAAAGCGACUAGUGACGAUGCGACGAAAGAAGUGGAUAUUCGACGUGAAGAAAGGAAGAAGAUAGAAGAUUUGGUCAAGGAGAAGGGUAUUGAUGGGGAGACUAACGUCUCGGGAAUGUACGAGCUCUACGCCAUGGUCACUCAUAAAGGAGCUUCGGCAGAUUCAGGUCAUUAUAUCGGCUGGACAAGGAAGGAAAGUGAAGUACCUGUUGCGUCAGGUGAAGAAGAAUGGUACAAGUUUGAUGAUGACAAAGUAUCAGUAGUGACAGCCGACAAAAUCUUGAGUAUGGACGGAGGUGGUGAAGAUUCGGUAGCUUACAUCUUACUAUACCGAGCCGUUAAUAUCUGA